AUGGACUCUUCGACAAAGCGCAUCUUCACCCCGGACGAGCCGGGCGCCCUCGGCCUUGACGAGGUGCUCAAGCAAGUCGCCCAGGACGACGAGGAUGAGUGGGAGUACGAGUAUUCCACCACGGAAACAGAGACGUAUUACCUCGCCCUUGACCUGUCGUACCCAGAAUUCAAGGAGCGCACAGCCAAGGUAGCGCACCACAGCCGCGGAGGCUACUAUAAGAAUUGGCUGGACCAGACCACGGCGGGACCCAGCGUUCAAAUCACGCGAGACAGGUCGAGUAAGGAUAACGGCCUUGACGACGAUGACAGUGACGAGGAGGCCGAGGGAGGCAACGACGGCGAAGACGACGAUGAUGGCAACAAUGCCGACGAUGAUGACAUGCCUGUGGAUCCCCAGCUCACGGCCGCCAAGGGCAAGGGCAUAGACACUGGGGAUGCGGUGUCGGAAACGCCCAAGCCACCACACCGACGGGAAAGCAAGGACCGCGACGCCGGCGAAGAAGAAGCCACCGAGGAGGACAGCAUUCAGAUCCUCGACCUGCAUUCCCGGAACCCGGUCAUCUCAUACCGAGGACGGGUGUUUGAGGGGGAGUGGGCAGAAGUCAUCGGAACCGAAGCCAUCCUGGCCAAGCACGACAAGGCUGCGCCGCUGCCGGCACUUCGAAAUCUGCCCGAGGACAUUGACAUCCUUGGGGCGUGUUCGUCGCGAAUCAUGACGACGGAGAAAGUCCCCAAGCCAAAGGUGCCCGAGGAAGACACGCUCGCUGCCAUCCGCGAGGAGUGGAAUAUCAAGAUCCCGCCGGGCAAGGACAAAUCGGGCGAGCGCGCACACCAGAUACGCUUCCUGGAGAACUUGAUCGCCCUCAAGAAGAAGAGAGGCGAUCCGGACCAGGUCACUGUCUACGCGGUGGAUGGUGAAGGCAAGGACUGGAACGACAGGAAAGGACCCGACUACAAGCCGAGGAACCGGAGAAAGCCCAUCAAAGCCGAGGGCGAUGCUCAGGGGGACGGCGAAGAGCAACAGCCAGCGAAGAAACGUAGCCGACCGGCUGGUUCAGAAAGCCGCCGGGCCAGGGCAAAUCGAAGGGGUCGAGCCGGCAGACUUGGCACCGCCGACAUACACGGAACUCUUUCGCUCUCCACGCCUACGCCGAGUCAUUGGGACAACCUUGGACGGCCAGCGGACGGGGGUGACAUCGAAGAGCAAGUGGGUGAGGGCGCGGGAGACGACGACGAAGUGGAAGACGUGUCGAUGACAGGGUACGAGUGA